UUUUAAAGGUAUUGGAGAAUAUGGAAUGGCCUGAGCAGUUUCCCUUUAAGGAAGAGGACUUCCAACGCUUUGAUGAGUCACCGGAUACAUUGUUCUAUGAAUCUCCGCGUUUCGUGACUCAUAUUGAUGAUCCAGCAAUUGCUGCCCUGACUAAAUAUUACUCAGAGGUCUUGCCCCCAAGUAAUACUCCUGGAGUUGCUAUACUUGACAUGUGUAGCAGCUGGGUCAGUCAUUAUCCUAAGGGGUAUAAGCAACCAAGGAUAACUGGCAUGGGCUUAAAUGAAGAAGAGUUAAAGAGAAAUCCAGUUUUGACUGAGUAUAUCGUGCAAGACUUGAACGUUGAUCCUAAACUCCCAUUUGAUGAUAGCACCUUCGACGUUAUUACAAAUGUGGUUAGUGUGGACUACCUAUCUAAGCCUAUUGAAAUUUUCAAGGAGAUGGCACGGAUCCUCAAACCAGGCGGACUUGCUAUAAUGAGCUUCUCCAAUCGCUGCUUCUUUACGAAGGCAAUCUCAAUCUGGACAUCGACCGGAGAUACAGAUCAUGUAAUUAUAGUCGGAGCCUAUUUCCAUUAUGCUGGAGGGUUUGAGCCUCCUAAGGCUGUGGAUAUAUCUCCAAAUCCUGGUCGCACCGACCCAAUGUAUGUUGUGUACUCGAAAAAGCUAGCAGCCUGAGUCCGAAUCACAGUCCAGUCCUCGCAGCAGUUACUGUUGAGCUCUCGAUUCGAUUAUUUGGUGCCAUUAUUGAGUUUCACUUUCGAAAAUCCAUGAGUUCAUGAGUAGCAAUUGGUUCUGAAAUCUGAAUAAUAUAUGAGAGAAUAUUAUUUAUGAAGAAACUAGUUUUUGUAUGAUAGUAAUUUUUUUUCGUAGUUA